AUGGGGGAUCCCAACUCCAUCUUUGAGUCAUUUCAGAAUGUGGUAUUUGUGCUCCACAGAAGAUGGGAGAGACAUGAGAGGUUCAAGUUUGAUGGCAACUAUGUCAUCAUUAAGGAAGUUCUGCACGCAGUAUACAACAGCCAAUCCCAGAAUGUCUUCCAGCCUAAAUAUACUGUCAACUCGAGCUGGGACUUUAUUCAUGCUGUGAUAGGUAGCUUAGCUCACCAGGAGAGCCGAACUACAGGCAAACCAGCAAAAGCCAAGCCCAAGCUGAGUCGAGCUGCAGCAUCACUAGAUGAGGCUGAUGAAUUGGAAUGCCUGGCUGGAUAUGGGAUAACUACCAAGGAAGGGAGUAGUUCAAAGAUGGAACCGACUCUCACUGUUGAUGACUCCGAUGAUGAGUUGGAGAUUCCAGCAGAGUUCUGUGCUCUGUUCACCCAGCCAUCAGAAGGAGGUUUGUCCAAGGCUUCCUUCGCAGUCAGCAACCUCAAAAGGAAAGCCUCUAAAGACCUUGAUAUAACCCCUGGGAGUAAAAUCGAAGAUUUUUCGGACAAUACCAUCAACAAUACAAUGGAUAUCGACCUACCAGACAAGAGUGAUCUGAUGCAUGAAGUGAAGUUUGAGAAGCCUAGUGUGAAGCUUGAGAAGCCCCCCUGCACCACAAGUUUGACAUCAGUUGUGAUCACAAACAUCAAACCUGCUCUCACUAAGAAGGCAAAGGUGGAAUUGGUCAAGUUUUCAACAUCUCUUGGUGCUACUUCUGCCAAGCCCAAGGAACAGCAAUCACAAUACCAAAACACUGAUCUCCCUGAAAAAGUCCAAGCAGACCACUGUUGGGCUAAAAAAUUCCUUCCGACAAUGAUGUUGUGGGCCGGCAGCCAGGAAUCCCUCUGGAGCAUCCCAGAUGCAACUUUACUGAUGCAUAUCCAAAUUAUAUUUCAGGCAGUCUACCCAGAGCUGAACCUCACCAUUGUUCAGAACAGUGUUGUUUUCUCACUUACUGUCCAACAUCUUUCCGAGUGGCAGAGCAACUUCAGCUCUACAGCCAUUGCGAUCAUCUUUGAUUUUCUGAUGAGCAACAACAACUGUGACCCAGAGCUCCUCGGAAAGGCCCAUCUUAGUGCCAUUAACAGUCAUGCUAUCAUUCCCACAUUGAAAACCAAGGACCUCACAUCAAAAGGGAUAGCCGAGGGCAAUAUCAAAGUCAAGAACAUCUUAGCAUCAACCCCAUCAUGCAGCAAGUUGAAUAUCAAGCUCCCCAAAGUACUCAACAAGGCCACUGGGAAGGAGAUCAGCGCCCCAUAUCUAUUUUCAUGUGAUCUCUGGGGUAAAGCAAACACUGGGUAUACGAAGAGCAUCAAGAAGAAGGGCUUGGGCUUCAUCGAAACUACAGUAGACAUGGUGCGGUCAGCUUUGAAUGAAAGUACCACCAUGGAUGCGGGCAUCUCUGAGAGCUCUGAUGAUGACCGUGCCUUCUUAUUACUAGUACUAGGCUACUGGUACUGCUCUCUGAUUAUAGGUUACCAUUCUUUUUCAAUUCUAUCUUUCCUUAACUACUUUCACAUUGUGCUUUUCUGA